AUGCUCAAUCAGAGGGGCCGGCGACGACGUUCAACAACCUGGACAAAAUUUCACACAAUAUUUGACACAAUGGCGCCAGCAAACCCUCCUGCCGAAGCCAACGCAACCUUCUCCUUGGCUUUGUUUAAAAAGCUCAGUGAGAAGGACAAGAACGCAAACAUCUUCUUCUCCCCCUUCAGCAUCUCCUCAGCCUUGGCCAUGACGAUGCUGGGGGCCAGGGGUAACACGGCCACACAAAUGUCAGAGGUCCUCUACUUCACGAAGGCAACGCAACCGACAGAGGAAAAACAAGAAAACAUGGCGACGCACUCCUCAAUGCAAACGCAAAUAAAGACGAGAGAGCAGAUGCGGAGCCAGCUGCAACAGUCCAGCAGGUUGCCACAUUAUCUAAAACAGGUUCUGAAACGCGUCGACGGUGAAAAUGAUGUCCACGCUCACUUUCAACAACUUUUGAUUGAAUUCAACAAAACAAAACCUGGGUAUGCCCUCAGCCUUGCCAACAGGCUGUAUGUGCAGCAAUCCUACCCAAUUGAUGAGGGCUUCCUUUCAGAAACAAGAAAGUACUACCAAGCUGAACUUGAGUCCCUGGAUUUCAAGGAAAAUGAAGAGUCGGCCAGGGAAAAAAUUAACAGCUGGGUGGAAGAGAAAACACAAGGUAAAAUCAAGGACCUGAUCAACCAAAAGCUCAAAGAAGAAGUCGUAAUGGUGCUGGUCAACGCCAUCUAUUUCAAAGGCAAAUGGCAACAGGAGUUCAACAAAGACUUGACUCGUGAAGCUCCAUUUAAAAUCAAUAAGAAUGCCACCAAACCAGUGGAGAUGAUGUCCCAGAAGAGUAAAUUCAAUUACGCCUUCAUCUCAGAAGUAAACUGCCAGAUCCUAGAGAUGCCUUAUGAGGGGAAAGACGUAAGCAUGCUCAUCUUCCUGCCCAAUGAAAUAGAGGAUGACACAACAGGUUUGGAGAAGUUGGAGCAGGAGCUCACCUAUGAAAAAAUGAUGACGUGGACUCGUUCAGACCACAUGGAGUUAGAAGUUGAGGUUCAGGUGGGGCUGCCUCGAUUCAAACUGGAGGUGACUUCUAACUUGGGGAAAGUCCUGGUCAGCAUGGGCAUGUUGGAUGCUUUUGAUGAGGAAAAGAGUGACUUCUCAGGCAUGACUUCUGCAAAUGACCUGGCGUUGUCAAAAGUCAUCCAUAAGGCUUUUGUGGAGGUCAAUGAGGAGGGAACCGAGGCUGCUGCAGCCACUGCUGUCGUUGUUGUGGAAGUCACCUCAAUCGGUCCACCGGAAGUUUCCAAAACCUUCAUUGCUGACCACUCCUUCCUCUUCUUCAUCCGACAUAACCCCUCCAACACAAUCCUGUUUGCUGGUCAAUACACAUCCCCUGAAGUAUACGACUUCUCUGCUUACACAAUGGCAUCAUCAACAAGUGUAUCCACGGCCACCACCAACUUCUGCCUGGAUUUGCUGAAAAGAUUGAGUGAUAAUGACAAAGCCGCAAAUAUCUUCUUCUCCCCCUUGAGCAUCUCCUCCGCCCUGGCCAUGGUGAUGCUGGGGUCGGGGGGCAACACGGCCACACAAAUGUCUAAGGUACUCCGUUUCACUGAGCCCGAGCUCCAGCCACCGCCUAUGCAAAUGCAAAUGCAGCAACAGGUCCAGUCCAGUCUGCCACUGUUUCUGCUGAAGGGUCUGAAAACCCAAGGCCAGGAUGAUGUCCACGCCAACUUUGCUAAACUGCUGGCUGAGCUGAACAAGCCUGGCGCACUCUAUGCCCUCAGCGUUGCCAAUAGACUGUACGGGGAGCAGUCUUACCAGUUUGUUGAGGAUUUUCUAUCUGAAACAAGAAAGCACUACAAAGCAGAGCUGGAGACUGUGGACUUUAUUAAAAACCACGAGGCAGCCAGGGUCAAUAUCAACCAAUGGGUGGAAAAGGAGACGCAAGGAAAAAUUAAGGAUGUCCUGGCCCAGGGUGUGUUGGACAACAUGACCAGGCUAGUGUUGGUCAAUGCCAUCUACUUUAAAGGCGACUGGAACAAAAAAUUCAACGAGAGCGCAACAUAUGACGCUCAGUUUAGGCUGAACAAGAAUGCAACUAAACCAGUGAAGAUGAUGUACCAGAAAGCCAAAUUCCCGCUUACCUUCAUCCCUGAAGCCAACUGCCAGAUCUUGGAGAUGCCUUACAAAGGGAAGGAACUCAGCAUGCUCAUCUUUCUCCCCAAUGAUAUAGAGGACAGUUCGACGGGUCUGAAUAAGAUAGAGCAGAAUCUAUCCUAUAACAACUUUGUGGAGUGGACCCGUCCUGACAUGAUGGAUGAAGUGGAGGUCCAGGUUGGCCUGCCUCGGUUCAAGAUGGAGGAGAACUAUGACAUGAAGAAUGUGUUGGUCAGCAUGGGAAUGGUGGAUGCCUUUGACAUGACAAGGAGUGAUUUUUCUGGCAUGUCACCUGCCAACGACUUGAUGUUGUCAAAGGUGGUCCACAAGGCUUUUGUCGAGGUGAACGAGGAGGGAACCGAGGCUGCCGCAGCCACUGCUGCCAUCAUGAUGCUGCGUUGUGCUCUCCCAGUAACCAGAUUCAUCGCCGACCACCCCUUUCUCUUCUUCAUCCGGCAUAACCAAUCGAUGACUGUCCUUUUUGCUGGCCGAUAUUGCACCCCUGUGUGAGCAUUUUAGUGCUUCGGUGCAAUGUUGCUCAUCUCCAGCAAGGUUACGCUUCAUGUUAUGCUACUUGGUCUGCACCCCUGCGGGAAUCUCCAAUUGUGGCUUGUUUUUAUAAUCUCUGGCCUCCUAUGUGAUUAUGGGACGCCUUUGCAUUUAUUACUCACUGCUCCUUGCUCAGUAAACAUGCACAUGGCAAUCUGGUUGUGCUUAUUUCUUAGUCUCGGGCCUUCCAGGACUGUACUUUUCUUUGCAGUCUCAAUUCAACUUUCCCACAGUGUUAGGACAACAAAUUUCAUCCUCAUUAUUCUGUUUAUUGUAUGUAACCAAAGACAAUAAUCUAAUAAAGACAACUCACCUCU